CGACAAGCUCUCCACCUCCAUCUUUCGGUUCUCAAUUGUUCAUCCUGCAAUUGACCAAAGAUUGCCAAGCCGCCAUAUUUCUCACCGAGAGACUCAAGCUACAAGUUGAAAAACACCUCGCUGUCAAGGCAGACAGCAGACUGCUAAGAUGGCUGCAGACCCUUUCGAUUCGGCGCUGGACCUCCUCCGGCGCCUCGAUCCGAAGCAUACCACACGGCACUUAAACGGCCUCAUGACCAUCGUGCCCGACCUUACUGAAGAUCUGCUCUCGUCAGUCGACCAGCCGCUCACUGUACGGCGCUGUAAACAAACGGGCCGUGAAUACCUGCUGUGCGACUACAACCGCGAUGGCGACUCGUACCGCUCGCCCUGGUCCAACGAGUUCGACCCGCCGCUCGAUGACGGUCCCGGGGGUCUGGGUGGUGUCGGUCCCCAGGGCGGCAACGAAGGUGCCGGCGAGCUAGGUGUCCCUGGCGAGAGGGUCCGCAAGAUGGAGAUCAAGGCCAACGAGGCCUUUGACGUUUACCGGGACUUGUACUACGAGGGCGGCGUAUCGAGUGUGUACCUCUGGAACCUGGAUGAUGGAUUUGCAGGCGUAGUACUGUUGAAGAAAGCGGCUCCUCAAGGCGGCAGCAAUGAGGGCGUUUGGGACUCUAUCCACGUCUUUGAGGCGAGCGAGCGUGGCCGCUCAACAACGUACCGGCUCACUUCGACCGUGAUACUCACCCUCUCGGCGGGUGGCGGUGACUCGGCGCUCGGCGAUAUGAACCUGAGCGGAAACAUGACGCGGCAGUUGGAGCAGGACAUGCGAACGGCCGAGGGAGACGAGAGCCACAUUGCUAAUCUGGGUCGGCUAGUCGAGGACAUGGAACUCAAAAUGCGGAACCUGCUACAGGAGGUCUACUUUGGCAAGGCCAAGGACGUCGUGGGCGAUCUUCGCUCGCUCGGCAGCCUCAGCGAAGGCCAGAGGGAUCGCGACGCGCAGAGGGAGAUCAUAGGGAGCAUGCAGAGGUGAUGAAACCUGCAAGGGUGAUUGGGCACCAGGGUGGUGGUCUAGACGAGUAUGUUUUUUGAUUUGACCGCAACGAAGGGGGAUGCGUUGGGUGGCACGGAGGCUGGUUUCUCUUUUACCCCCCGAGAACAACCAUGCGAUAGAACAUGGGAUGGCUGCUGUAUUUGUCACUUCCGUAACGAAGCGUCAUGAUGAAGACACAAAAAAGGCAAAUGAUGAUGACUACACCAAAGUUACAGAGGGGAUGUAUGGAUGCGAGAAUUUGGAUGCAGUCUGGUCUGGCAAGGCAUUGGCCGAGAGACAAGGAAAAAGAAACUAUCUAAUGCAAAUUGGGUCGGAUGGCCUGGCUUGUCUGGUCAGGCCAGCCGAGCUUGGAAGCUGUGUUGCAACUUUCAAAUAUCCCUAGGCUAUAUUGGGAGAAACAUUAUCGUGCGUCAAAACCAAUGAGAUUCGAACGGGAAAUCUGGGUUGAUCUCCGGAGUAAAAACAUAGGAUAUAAAUCCGGGGUUUUAUCAUUGUUCACUGUUCGAGUAUGGGAAUUUUGGGGCUGGG